ACCAAACAAUCAACUUUUUAAACUUUUGUGGGCAAAGCUGUAUCACUUUGCUGGUCUUGUCCUAUACAGUAUAUAUUAUUUUUUUUCCUAUUCUGUUUUGUGUUUUUAGUUCACUUUAUUCUAUCUUAUGCAUUUCAUUUUGUUUGAGUUUAUUUCAAUUAAUUCUAUUGUUUUAUUCAAUUUAAUAUCCUUUAUUUAAUCAUAUCAUUUGAUUGUAAUUGAUGUAUUUCAAUUUAAUUUAAUUUAAUUUGUUUUGUAUGAUUAUAAUUUAACUUGAUAAGUGAAACAAAUGGCUUAAUUCAUUGUACUUUUUCUUUUACAAGCUGCAUUUUUUUUUUUUAACUUUUACUUUGAACGUUUUUUGCCGGAAGUCCUGUUUUCAUCCUCCUGGUGUGCUCAUUAUUGUAGCUGAAGGCUUGAGCGAGGCGCGUUUGCAGUGACUCUGGGGAGCGUUCAGACUCUGCACACACGGACUGAAGUUUGCAGUUUGGUUUAUCUUUAACCUUCAGCGGCUCCAUUUACCGGCCAGUUGAUCAUGUUCAGCGAAGAAGAAAGAGGGGAAGUGAAAUAAAUAGCCGGCCUGGAUGUGACUCUGUCAUAAUUGUUCUUUUCUGAUGAUGAUUUACUAAAUGGGAGUGCGCUCCUCUGGACUGAACUGGAUAUAUGAUUGACUUGAGAACCUUUAUGCCAUAAUUUUGCUUCAGGUGAACCAAUAACUCAAAAACAGUGAUGGAGAACCACAUGCCUUUGAUAUGGAUGCUGUUGUGUCUGUUUCUGCGACCAUCAUGGACCCAGAACCCCGCACCUGAAGGAGGUAAGCGCCCUCAUUGAUCCAGCAGAGUUGAAACUUUAUGGUUGGAGUUUUAUACGAGAAAGAAGAGCCAGAGAUGUCCCAAUUUUAGCAGCUUUGUUUGAGGUAUUAAAACCUGAAAAUUACAUAUUUUGGGAACUUUUGUCCUUUUUUGGGGGGGACAAGUAUUUAUCUGAAAGAUCGUAUUGCUGUGAUUUAGAAACUAAACUUAAUGAUCAAUUAUAUUAUUAGAUUGUCUACCUCUUAAUCCCCAAUAUCUAUGACCCGAGUGAAAAUCUAAUAUUAGAUACGAUAACUUUACAAUCAGAAUCUGAUGCUUCUGCAAAGGGUGGAGGGUCUGUCUGUCUGUCUGUCUGUCUGCUCGGGGUGGAUCAGGGUGGGGUUGAUUUUACACUAGUGUUCUCAUUGAAAUGGCAUGACUCCAGGUAUUGAUGUGUGAGAUGAUGAAAUUCCCCAGCCUGGGGGCAGUGAUUCCUAAAACUGGGGCACAACCAGGGACCACCCAGAGGUACUUUGGAAGGCUUCAGGUGCUUCCCCAUACAAAGAGAGAGGAAUUCUGAUUUUAUUAUUAUCCGGUGAUGAAAUAUUUCUGCAGAGGUUUCCAGGAAGGGAGAAGCUGUCACCAGAUCAACUGAAAAAUAAGCUUUUUAUUAGAAAUUCAUUAUUACAGCGCAAUAAUGAUAUGAAAAUAGAAAGUUGAGGCCAAGAAUGACAGAUCUGAUCCGCACUUUUGUUUUUCCUCACAAUACAAGAAAAAAUAAUAUUUUAAUAACUUUUAUUAUUGCCAAAAAUCACAUAAUCAUUUGACUUAAUAUGGUAACACAGCAUGAUGGUCUUCCUUCCAAAGCCAAACUGGGGUAGGAUUUUUCAGACUGAUGUUGUUUUACAGAUUCAGAGGGGUAAAUUUAAUAAUUGAGUAUAACAAAUUUUGCAGCCCCCAAACAGGCAAUGCAAAACCAAACAAUCAACUUUUUAAAGCUUUUGUGGGGGACGCUGUAUCACUUUGCUGGACUUGUCCUAUACAGUAGUGCUCAUUUCUAACCAAAACAUUUAGCCUGAAGUCUUUUAACUAAGAAUCUUUACCUACCUUGACAAAUUGUUGUGAAAGAUGUAGAAAAGUGCUGCUUUGGCAGGGUGUUGUUUGCUUUUUGUUACACUGACCUGUCACAGGCGUCAGAGAGAACUACUUUGCCUUUUCGCAGGUGGUUUGCUUUUGUAGUCAUGAAAAAAUGCACAAGUAGUUCUGCCAGAAUGGUUUAUAACAAGUUAAGAACUCUGUGCAAGGAUUCAAGGACUCUGAACACUGUCUGCUCUGUUGCAAGAGCUGAAAACAGUGAUGAGAGUGCAAGAACCAUGAGAGAGCGUGUGAACAGAGCAGUACCUCUUUGAUGAUGUUGUCCUGUCCAACAUCAAAAGUCCUUCCUGACAGUAAAUCUCAGUCAGACUUGUUGCUUUCCUUCAACUUUUGCUGUGGAAAAUGUAUCAAAAAGCCACUUUGGCGUCAUGUUGUUCAUUGUCUCUUCUAGCACUGACCUUUAUUAGCAUCUAAAAUAACUACAAAGAAAUAGUCAGUGAGCUGGUGGUCUGCUUUUGUAGCUGUGAAAAAAAGGCACCAGUAGUUAUGUCAGUCUGUGAAAGCAGUUUAAAAACCCCACACAGGGAUUUAAAGAACUCUAAAAAUUAUCCACUCUCUUAAGUGCUGCAGACAGUGCUGAGAGUGUUAGAAACUAUGGAGCCUGAGCUGGACAGACUAUGUGACAGUACUAUGAUUGUAGUGUGGCAUGAUUGUUGUCUGAGGGAAAAUCUAUAUUGGAAUUUCAAGGUCAUUAUGAUAGUCAGGCAUUAAUUCAUUUCACAACACUACCUAAGUAAAGUAUGUUUAAAUUGUAUUAUACCAUAUUUAAUUCACAUGGUAUGGUGCUGGACAUGUCAGGUAUUUGAACCUACAAUGCCAAACAUGUAGUCCAUACAAACAGUGACAUGAUCACAGUCCACAGACCUUGCUGCUGUCUUGCAUUUGUUAUCUUUGCACUAAAAUGCCAUUUUCCCUGCUAUGCCAUUUAUUGCAACUUGGAUGUUCAUAUUAACCAUCUACUAACUUGGUAUUUCUUAUGGUAACUCAUCAUUAAAGCUCCAGUUAGGAGUUUUUUGACAUUUAUGAAAUAGACUGAAAUUCAUAAUGGUGCCUUUUUAUGAUAUAUAAAGCAAACAAGACCAUAAAGGAUAAAAUGUAUGAAUUCAUUUAGCAGUUUUUGAGGCCUGAAAUUGGUGUGAUGGGGAGUAGGUGUCAGCAGAGCCUCUGACAAAAACAGCCCUCUUUUUACAUCUUCCACAUCAAAUAUUCACAAAAAAUAUGAAUUUGACUGUUAAAACUCAACAGGGUAAGCUUGUAAGUCAGAGGACAGUAGUUGAUUUAAACUAAAGUUCCUCACAGGAGCUUUAACGUAAUACCACUCAGUUAUGAUAUAAUAAAUUUAGUCAAACCUGUAGUGUUGGGCGAUAAUCCUGCAGAUACUAUAUCAAGUUUGAUGUGUUUAACUUUUAGCUGCGUCUUUUUGCAGCAGGAUUUGCACAUGAAUGGAUAGCAGGCAUCUUGAGUAACUCCUUGGUUAUUCUUGGUGUACUUUAAUUGCUCCCACACUGCGGACUUCACUCAUGUCUUUGACGGAAACACCCCUCCUUGCUCUCUGUGCCACAGUGCAGCUACCCUAUCGCAGCCUCCAUGUCUUUCAAUAAGCAGGAUAUUAAGCCAGUGGGCCGCAGGUGUCACUUUGUGUUUAUUCUGUGCAGGUUGGGCCCACAUGAUAUACUGACCUCUCUCUGAGUUUGACAGCAGGAGCACUCAUUGUUGCUGAGCCUCUAUGACUAAAUGAACAUGAAAUUAUUUUGUGUGGUUAAUACUGAAACCACUAAUUGCUGUAACUUGAUGUGAUACCAUUAAAUCAACACAAGCAUGUGCAUUACAAUUUAAGUGAGAAAAAAAUUUCAGGCAGGCACAUAUUUAAAGAUAUAUGCAGCGAGAGCCAUGUAAAACAUCAGUCAUCUUGUCAGCUGAUUUUCACACUUAAACGUCUUUAAUUGUAAUACGUUUUGAUCAGUGUUUUAAGAUUCCUGAAAACUUGACACAGCCAAAUUUAUCAGCGGUGCCUUCAUGACUUACCAUAAAGCUUAUGGCCAUGAGGUGUCAGACGGGCUAAACUUGGUGGUGGUGACACUGACAGGUCUGUUUGUGUGAGCAGAUCUUUAUGAUGGUUUCAACAGAGUAGUGAGUGACAUGUUGUAAUUUUGCUCUUUCCAUUUAUAGAGACCUGAGAGCCUGCUCCAACAUAGCUUGAAGUAAUUGGGCUUUUUAUAAGUGGUCAUGCUGUUAUUGCAUGCGCACAUAUUACAUGUCAGCCCUGUGUAAUGCUGCCCACACAACCCACAAAACAAUAAGUAACUCAUAAUGGUUAACCAAACAGUAUGAAAAGUUGUGCCUCAGAGGAACUAAUCAGUGUCUUUCUCUCUUGCUGUAAAACAAGUGGUGAUUCUUACAAAGCCUCCGGCAGGGGUUUCAUGCUGUUCUGGUCUUAAAACACUCAAAAUUAAAAUUCCCCUGAUGUUCUGCAGCACAUCACAUGCUUGUAUUUUUCAUGCAAGGCCCUUAUUUUCUUGCUUCAUUGUUUUCUUCAUAGGGUUCAAACAUUACUGUUGCAUGUGUCCAUAAAAACUCCCAUGUGCUCUGCAGGUUGUGAGAGACCUUCUCUACUCCUGUAUCGCAUUACUGGGGCCACGUGAGACUUUUACACUUCAUUUUUCCACCGUAACAUCACUGCAGUGUUAAUAGUCCAGCUGAUAAAUCAGAUUUAUGGUGCGUAUGAUAACACUAGGUUGCGUUUAAAGACGUCUUUUCUCUAGAUAAACAGCACAGAGGCUAUCUCCAGACAUCAACAUAUGGGUUUCAGAUAAGCGCUUACCUGCACAAAGGUAGACGUAAGGGUGGCUGUGAUAAAGAGCGGCUCUCUUACUUCAAAGUUCAAAUAACACUACACAUCUGAGGAAUUCUUUCGGCUGAUGGAGAGCGCAUGUCUGCAUGAGUGUGUGCAUGCUUGAUUCAUGUGUGUUUACAUGGCGAGCUGCUUUCUCGGUUUUCAUUCUUCACACUUCAGCCAUUCAAAAAUAGCAAACAGAGAUGUGAAAAGAGGCAUUAGGUUCUGGAUUCAUGGCCUCUAAAUGCAGCUGUAUUAAAUCAGAGUAAUCAAGAGGCAAUCUAAUCUUCAUUCAGCCUAUAUCCGUUUCACACAAGUUUAUUUUUCUUCCUUCUCAACUCUUGCUCUCAGAUUUUCACAGAUUGCAGUGACUUCACAGUCUGAAGAUUUGCAUCUAAAUACAGCCUUUAGAUCCCAUCUGUAUCGCUUCUUCUUCUUCUUCUCUUUCCCACUCUCUCUCUUUCUGCUCUGUAUAUGGCCAUCCAACAUUCCUCCUCGUCUCUCACAUGGAACUGCCAGCGAACCCCCCCCCCUCGGUCCCACUCUCCUUUUAACGCCUUUUAUUUCCCCCCUUCCCACCUCCUUUCCUCACUCUCUCUCACUCUCCUCACAUUGCCCAGCAGCUACUGUUUUUCCUCCCCUCCUCCUGUCAUCCCCCUUGGCAUCACCUUCACUUCUGUUACGAAAUAUGGAGAAAAUUUGGGCUCAGUAGCGCUCAGAGGUCUUUCAUCAGUCAUUAUCUUUUGAAGUUAUCAUACUGUCAGCAGCUAUUUGUUGUUCACUCUGUUUCUGUUUCAUCUUAUCUUUGCUGUAAUUAUCUCACUUGCUUCUGAAUUUGCUGCUUUCAUGUUGAUAGUAUCGCACAUCAAUGCUGUGUGACUUUUGUUGCUCAAGAAAGGUCAAUUAAGGGAAGGUGUUUGUGUUAUAAAUACCUCCUGACACGGUCUGAAAUGCUUAUCUGAAAAUGUAAACAGCCAGUGCACCAGUUCAGUUUAGCUGAGCAGCCAUUACAGCUGCACAACACCAACAUACAUAGUAAUAAGGCAUGUUGCAGCCAGUGUUAAAGAGCAGCAAAGAAACCCCUUGUGUUCGGGUAUAACUUUGACUUGUUUAAGGCUUUUUUUUAACAUAGUCUGCUGAUAAAACUUUGAGCUGUUUUAUAUGGUGUAUCAAGCUUGUUUUAAUAUCUUCAUUUUGGACAAUAAUAAUUGUAUUUUUCUGUAUUUCUUCACCAAAGUGCUCAACUGCUGCGAGGGUGAUGUCCUCUUCCUACUGGAUUCCUCUGGCAGCGUUUCCUCCUAUGAGCACUCCCGCAUGCUCGCCUUUCUCUCCGAACUCCUCCUCCCUUUCUCUUUGGGUGAGGACCAGGUGAGGGUGGGACUUCUACAGGUAGGAACCAAACCACGCCUUGAGUUUGGCUUUGACACCUUCACCACCCAAAGUGGCCUCCAGGGGGCUUUAAAGAACACCAAACCUCUGAGGGGGGACACCAACACAGUGGAGGCUUUGAAGAUGGCAAAGGAGAGGGUGCUGAGACCCGGAGUGGCAGGCGGGACCAGGGAAGGGCUCCCAAGGGUGCUGGUGUGGUUAACAGAUGGGGUGAAACCGGGUGAUGUGAUCGGACCAAUGGCAGAGCUGAGAGAAGAGGGUGUGGCUGUUUUGGUGGUCUCCACUGGUCAUGGCAACUAUCUGGUGUUGAGGGAGGUGGUGAGCCCGCCUGUGGAAGAGCAUCUGUACUUUGUGGAUAUUGAUGAUAUGAGCAUCAUCACAGAGGACCUGAGGAACGCCAUCAUUGGUAAGUGUGAGGACUAAUAAGUACAUUGGUGAUAUUUAGUACUUAGCUUGUGUCAUUUGGUUCAACCUUUUAGGGCCUGUGUACACUCACAGCUUUCCCUCUGCUGGUAGCAUCUAUCUUCUACACAAAGCCAAUGCAGUUUGAGCUCAGCAUCUUAAAAAGUUCUUGGUGUGAACUGUUUCUGUUGCUCGGAACCCUCUAAGACGGAAACUUUUCAAACACCUCUGGGCUCAUGAAUGCCACAUCUUUAUAUUGGCCAAUCAGAAUCAAGAAGGUACUGACCCUCUGAGAACAGUUUUGCUAACAGCAAUGACAGAGGUUUGUACAGAGGAAAAUCCUGUCAUCCUUUUAUUGUUUUUUUAAGUCACAAUUUCCUGAUUUAGAGCUGCUGUGAAUGCUACUACAUGACUUCUAUCACUCGUUUUUACAGUGCCUUAGUAAAGUUCAUAGAAUAAAUGUGACUUUGAAGCAUUCAGAGAAUUUUAAAACAGACCAAAUGGUCGUUACUGAGAGAAUCAGAAAUGCCAAAUAACAAUUUUUAUUACAAAGCAGUUAUAAGGAGGUGCCCUGAAACAGAAGCAAAAAUGCCAUUGGUGGAUCCCGACCCUUAUACUUCCAUCAAGCAGAAAAGAGCUAGACCUGCUCAGGACCAAGAGCAGCUAGUUUGCCACUGGCUGGUUAAUGUUAAGUCUCAAGCAGGCAAUCAAUAAGAUAUUGUCUCAAUUCAUUGUAGCAGAGCCCAAACCAGAACUAAAAGAGAGCAGAUUUUUAACAUAUAUUUUAUGGGUUGUGACCAAAAACACAAUACAGUCUGUACCAAAUGUUUAUGAGGACAACUUCCUGCCACCUCUGAAACUUGUGGCUGCAUGGUUGCUUUUCAACAUUGUUUACCCACGUGGCGAACAGCUGUUUCUUCUGUUUUGAUUAUGGUUAAACACUGCAGCUUGGCUCUUCUGGUUUACCUUUUAGGGCCCACGUCCACUAACAGCAUUUUUUAAUGUUGUAAAGUAAAAUAAGAACUGCGGAAAAAUGUUAAUAUAUUUUCAUGUCUUUAAAUGAUUUGGUGUUCAUGAUAACAUGACGUUUUUUUAUGAAAAAUACAUCCAGGCAAAUUUCAUUGCAACUGUAUUCUUGAGAAAUAGUCUGUCUACUCUGCAUAUCAAUCUCUGCAGACACGUUGAUUCUUUUUGUGAUUCAGGAAGUAAAACCCUUUGAAAUCAGAUCCAAAUUUGCCUAACUGAUGUGUUUCAUAAGCAGAUACACCCUCAUUCUAGCCGUCUCCCAAUCAUACACAGAUGUAUUACGUGUCUCAGUGCUUCACCCUAAUUCCAGACAUGCUCUUGAAGACAGUGAGUGAGACCAAAUAGGAAACUAAGACACUGACACUGUCUGUGAGUGUAUGUGAGAGUCCCUGUAAUGAGAUAUGACUAUCUAUUAAUGGAUUAAUGAUUCAGUUCCCUUUCUACAUCAUCCAACACUAUGUCAGACAUGAUACAUGUAUAUAUAUAUAUUUAAACAUUUAUAUAUAAACUGGGGAGGUCACCUACUUCUCUCGCCAGAUUAGGUAACUGCCAUAACAUUCACUUGGGACACCUCAGCAAUUAUACAGUAAGUACUGCAGCUUUGGGACAUGAUGCAUGAUAUAAAUAAGGCUGUUGUACAUCAAGGAGCAAUGCAUCAGUCCUAACUAAGUGGUUCCUAUCAUAGAUAAAAUUGCCUCUGUGGCAUUUGUUAUUAUAUUGCAGGGCCUCGCUGGGUUGGCUAUUUCAAGUUGUCUUACUGCAACUGUUGUGAAAGCGUCUAGAAACCCAAGUCUAGCUUCGUGGGUGGCUGUCUGAAGACGAGGCAUUUUUAGCACUCUGUCUUGUCCCUGUCACCAUCCUUUCUACAUGUCUUUGCAGAAUUUUAACUCUGACAGGCUAGUAUGUGGUCAGUAACAUCAUUCACUUUUUGCCCCCAACAGAGAUCAUCCGAGCUGAGCGAAUCACUGUGCGAGAUGUCUCUACCAACGCGGCCACGCUGCAGUGGCGACCUGUUCUGUCCGGUUUGACAGGACACUACGAGAUCCGCUUUGGUCCAGCUCCAGGUGGUACAGGAGGCGGUGGAACAGCUGGAACUGGGACCAGUCCGAGCAUUAGUGGCACUCAGUACCAGAGAAUAACGCAGUCUGCAGAUUCCAGCACUGCUAGGCUCACGGGCCUGAAGCCUGACACCACCUACACUGCUACACUGACACCGGAGUCCAAUGAACAAGCAUUUAAUGCUCUAUCUGUCAGCUUUACAACAAAGCCAGGUUAGGAUACAUCUUAUGUAUGCUUUACUCCAGGACUUACUGCUUUACUUCACCUCCUACCCUGAACCCUUUUUUGGGCUGGUGAUCAUCCAAAAGGAAAGCAAAGUCUCAAAAUGAAGGUUUUCUCUGCUUUGGUGUGUAAUAUUGUAUUGUAAAUUAGUUGUCUUAACUUCUGCCAUUUUAAAGGGUUACAGUUAAAUUUACAGUUAUUUUAACAUACAUAAAACUGCUGGUUUCUUCAAUUCUCUCUGUAGCUAUCAAAGAGUUAUUCAUGAAACCACACCUCCCUUAAGACAGACGAUUAUAAGAAUUGGAGACCAUGACAACCCCCGCAUUAUCUCUGUGUGACCCCUUAUUUUUCCCAUCUCUAUUCACUCCAGAGGUGCUGAGCCCAGCUACAGUGGCCAUCUCUGACUCAAGUGCAACCAGCGUUCGGGUGAGCUGGGGUCCCAUUCAGCCUGACAAGGUCACAAGCUACUACAUCGAGUACUCUGCCCUUCCUAGGGGCAAACUCAAUGCUGUGACCGUGAGCCGAACACAAAACUCCACACUCCUCAGAAACCUUCAGCCAGAUACGACAUACCUGGUUACGGUUACCGCUCGACACGCUUCAGGCAAGGAGAAGGCCAUGUCUGUCAAAGUCUGCACUCAGGAAGGUGAGCUGGAGAAGAAAAUGCAGUCUAAUGUGACAAGCAGAUCAAUUUACUACACUCUAAUCCUAAUCUUGUACAGCCCUUUCCCUUUUGACUCUAAAAUUUCAGAUAAUUACCUGCAAUUUUGUUCAGGUUUGACUACUUUAAGUGCUCCCUGAGUAGCUGGGAGAGCCCGAGUUAAAAAAAAAAAUCUAAUUUUUUCCCCGCAGGAGUUCUAUUCAUGCUUUUCUAUUUCCUUCAGCUUUGAUGUGUUUUUUAAUUUUCAUGUUUGUUUGACAAGCACAGCCAUGGCUAAUUUAUAACCACUAAAACAUACACGAAUAUCAGUUUCUGCAACAAAGUGUUAGAAUGCGUAUAUAUAUGUAUUUGUUUGUCAUUUUUACUGUAUAGUUUAUGUUCACAGACUUGCUUUAGUUUCAGGUUUCUCUUUAUAUGUCUGUUAAAGCCCUUAAGUUCUGUCAGUUUCUACUUUCCUCUCAGUAGACAUCUCUGUGCUUUUCACCUCUAGUGACUCCUGCCCUGGCAGACCUGCAGCUGACCACAGUGGGCAGUGACUCGGUGCAAGUCGACUGGAAGGGCGACGUUGAUGGUCUGAGGGGCUACUGGCUCACCUGGGAGGGACAGCAGAAUGCACUACCUGGCCAGCGCUCAUCCCUCUAUUUGCCACCUGACUCUCUAUCAACACGCCUCACACACCUUCCACCUUUGGCUAGAGUGUGUGUGUCACCCAUUUACCGGACAGCACGGGGAGAGGGACUGUGUUGUACAGCUCAGUUUCAUUCAGGUGAGUAAUAAAGAAAUAUAACACUUGUGUCAAUAUGACAGGAACGGUUUGACAGGUGAAGGUUUAUGUUUGUUUUCUCUUAAAAGUCUUAGCCUUAAAUCCACAGCUUGAGGCAGAAGGCAGGCAGCCCAGCUUAGCACAAAAACCUGGAGGAUAAAACAGUAUAUGAUUCUCAAUCCAAAGCCCUGCUCCUGGCCAGGUAAAGAGCUAAUCCUGCUCUGUCUUAAGUUGGAAAAAGACAGGUUAAGCCAUCUCCCCUUGCUUCCAGAUUUGGUACAAAGCGUAGUUCCCCAGCAGCUUCAUAUUUGGCUCAGAAAACAUUAGAAAAAUGAAUUUGGGAAAGGUCAAAAUGUAUUAUUUUUUUUAUCAUUUCAAUGCUGCAGAUGGAAAAUUCCUUGGAGCCACUAAAGUCCCAUUAAGUGAUCUUUUUGAUCUAAAUAAAGCUCCCGUGAGGAACUUCAGGGGCUUCAUACAGUCGAAUGUGUGAUUACUGUGCCAUCAACAACAAUCAAUUUUGAAAUAAUCCAUUUAUGUCAAAGCAGAUGUUUUUUUCUGAUAGCUUUGUUCAAAGAGCACAUAUAUUUUUUAAUAUCACCUAAAAAGGUUUCUCACAUGUUUCUCACAAUCAUUUCUCAUGUCUUGCUUUCUCUUUCUUCUCUUUAGAUGCAUUUGCAUAUGGGUACCAAUCAUAGCACCCCUGAACUGAGAGCACACCUAACCAAACAUGGAGGGACGAUGGCUCCAAGAAUGCUCACUUUUACCAAUAACUCUCUCCCCUGCCUCUCCCCUCUGUGGACAUCCUCCAGGAGAGCUAUGUGGUUUGGCUCACUGUGCACUCAUGUGGAAGCCAUAGACACUUAAUCAUGGUUUGGGACAAUAUGGCCACAUAUGGACCGCUGCAGUCAGCAACACAGAGGACUGUUUGCUUUUCUGUUUCUGUGUCUCAUCUGGUUAACACCUGCAGUAAAUGUAUAACGCUUCAGUUCAAAGAUGCAACCUUUGGUUUUUUCUUACGUCUGUCUUGCAGUUACAGAGCAGGGCAUGCUGGGAAUGUUGAAUGUCUUAUGUGGCUUGUUUUGGAGACAGGCUUUGCUCCAUAUGUGGGCCCGAAGCCCAACUCUGCAUUUUUUUUUCAGUUCCUGCUAACACUUACAGAACAUCUGAUUUACAUUUAUAAUGGAUACAUAAGACUUGUACUAAAAGACUCUCUUUCAGCACUUGCAUACAUUUAGACCAUUAACAUCUCUAAUAACAGGAUUUCAGGACUGCUUUGAACCUCCCAGAAAUUACAAACAGACAUGCCCUGAAACUGCGGGGAUGCUGCACAUGAUAGAGAUGAGUUUAACUGAGAGAAGUAUAAUGUUGGUGUCUUCAUAGAUCUGUCAUCCAUAUUUAUUUAUCACUAAUCAUGUAGGUAUAAGAGGUAUAAUAGCAUACAGUAUUUACAGACAUGCUGUUUACAUUUGGAGACUGUUACUUUUUUAAGCAGGACUCUGCUGCCCUCUACUGAAACGCUCUUCAUCCCUCACUGCUGUCUUCUAAAAGCAGAUUUAAAGUUUUAUCACUGUUCACCACUUUUGAAACUUAAUAUGAACUAUCAAUAAAGUCCUCUUGUAAUUUUGGUAUUA